GCUGGUGGGCGGAAGAUUGCGAUCAACUCUGAAGGGCUCCGAACUUUCAUUUAACAGAUUUAGCAGCUUCUUUCUCCAGUGCCUGGAGACCAGAAGAAUAAGUGACCCAGUUAGCCGAAAGCUGUCACACAUGGCUGCUCUCUGCUCAACCCAAAUGAGCUCUGGAAUGAACUGCUGCGCGCAUGCGCUCCCAUUCUGAAACCUCAGCUCCCAACGUCAUCGCACCAAAAGCCCACUUGAGUUCUAGUCUAAAACAACGGCCUAAGCAAGACCCGAGAUGCAGGCCAGAAACUGAACCAGGAGUCAUGGAAACCAAGCCCAAGCUCUACUACUUUCAGGGCAGAGGCAGGAUGGAGUCUAUCCGCUGGCUGCUGGCUGCGGCGGGAGUGGAGUUUGAAGAAGAAUUUCUGGAGACAAGAGAACAAUAUGAGAAGUUGAAAAAGGAUGGGCGCCUGCUUUUUGAUCAAGUCCCUUUGGUUGAAAUUGAUGGAAUGCCGCUGACACAGUCUAGAGCCAUCCUCAGCUACCUUGCUGCCAAGUACAACUUGUACGGGAAGGACCUGAAGGAGAGACUCAGGAUUGAUAUGUAUACCGAUGGCACGCUGGACCUGAUGAUAAUGAUUGCCCAGGCUGCAUUUAAACCCCCGAAGGAAAAAGAGGAGAGCUAUGCUCUAAUAGUGAAGAGAGCUAAAACCCGUUACUUCCCUGUCUUUGAAAAGAUUUUGAAAGACCACGGGGAGGAUUUUCUUGUUGGCAACCAGUUCAGUUGGGCAGACAUACAGCUGUUAGAAGCCAUUUUGAUGGUGGAGGAACUCAGCGCUUCCAUUCUGUCCGACUUCCCUCUGCUGCAGGCAUUUAAGACAAGAAUCAGCAACAUUCCUACAAUUCAGAAGUUUCUGCAACCCGGGAGUCAGAGGAAGCCACCUCCAGAUGGCCACUAUGUUGAGGUGGUCAGGAACGUUCUGAAGUUCUAAUGGCAGCAGGCCUUAAGGUGGCCACAGCGAGUAUCCAAUUGCAGUGUCACCGUAGGCCAGCUACAGAGCAUUCCAAAGAAGAUAUAGAUCCCAGGAGGCUUUGAGAAGGAAAACCCCUCUGCUAUCAGUGACACAUGCAAAUUAAAUAUGGUGAAAAACUG